AUGACGGGCAUUGAAUUGUACCUUGUCACGUCCCUGACAACUACCGCACGACCCACCGACUCCAGAGAUAACGGAGACUGGGUGUGCCUGCAGAACUGCCACCUGGCGGUCUCGUGGCUUCCUACGCUGGAGCAGAUUCUGGAGAAGGCGAACGCAAUUCCAGAGGACACCCACGCGGAGUUCCGACUGUGGCUGACCUCGAGCCCGAGCCCUCGGUUCCCGGUGGCGGUGCUCCAGAACGGCAUCAAGAUUACCAAUGAGCCGCCGAAGGGGUUGCGAGCUAACCUAAUGCGGGCCUUCAAUGACCUCAAGGAAGAGGAGUACGAGUCGUGCUCGGCCGCCAGGGCAUUCAAGAAAUUGUGCUUCUCGUUGGUAUUUUUCAACGCCCUUAUUCUUGAGCGACGAAAGUUCGGAGCAGUUGGGUGGAAUAUCCCUUAUGAAUGGAUGAACUCCGACUUGAAGGCCGCCAUGAUGCAGGUGCGCAUGUACGUGGAAGAGCAGGACGACGUUCCGUGGGAUACCCUGAACGUCAUCGUGGCGGACGUGACUUACGGCGGGAGGAAUUUUACGAAUAACACAUUGGGGACGGUCAUCGCGCUUUCUGGAGGCGGAGGCGGAGAAGGUGGCGAUGCGGAGGACACGGAUGUUCAGGUAGCGGAAGGCGCGAAACUCAUUGCCGCGAGGAUGCCGACACCAUUCGACGUUAGAAAAGGACAUGAAGAAACCUUCAAAAAGGUGGACGGCGCAAUGAAUUCCCUAGGGGUGUUCUUGGGGCAGGAGGCGGUGCGUUUUAACGGCCUCGUAGCGGUCAUGCGAGCGACGUUGUCGGAGCUGCAAAAGGCCAUCAGGGGGAUCGUGGUGAUGUCUGGGCCUUUGGAAGAGAUGUACAACUGUUUCCUGUUUCAACGGGUGCCGCCAAGCUGGGAGAAGGCGGGCUACCCAUGCUUGAAGCCUUUGGCAUCGUGGACAGAAGACUUUUUUGGGCGGAUCGCGUUCAUCGGGGCGUGGCUAAAUGAGGGGCCACGAUCAAGCUAUUGGCUGCCUGGCUUCUUUUUCCCGCAAGGGUUCAUGACGGGGGUGAAGCAGACUUACUCGCGAGAUUACAAGAUCGCCAUCGACACCCUUGUCAUCGGCUGCCAGGUGAUGCCGUUCGGAGAGGAUACGGUAAGUGGAGGGCCGCCGGACGGGGUUUUCAUCCACGGCCUGUUCAUGGAGGGAGCUCGAUUCGACAGAAAUGAGAUGCUCAUGGCAGAAUCGAUUCCAAGUCGUUUGUUCGACGAGAUGCCGUGCAUCUGGCUCAAGCCAUCAAGGAAAGAAGACGCUGACGGAAGCGCGGGCAAUUUAUACAACUGCCCUCUGUACAAAACGUCCUUGAGGGCCGGGACGCUGUCCACAACGGGGCACUCUACCAACUUCGUGGCACCACUUACCAUCCCGAGCGGCAAGUCGGAAGACCAUUGGAUUCGACGAGGUUGCGCCAUGCUCUGCAUGCUGAACGACUAGACGACUCGAAGUAGAGGACAAGAGCUUCUUAACAUGAUCUUGCGUUUGAAAGGAGCUGCGAUCAGCGUUGUACGGGAACUCGGAAAUGGCGGAGCUUGACGCUUUGUUCAUCACGGGAAAGUACACUGCAGAGACUCAGCUUAGAGAGGUUGCACGAUAGAUGAGGGCUCGUAGACAAUUUGAGUCAUGUGGACGUAUGGGUAUUAUCAACCGGCUUCACGCCUCUCAGAAAAAUAUUCCCCGAGAAACCUUGUCAAGAAGGAGGAGAAUCUGGUGGUGUCAUCGACCGACCAUCUACGUAUUCCGAAAGGUCUGAACAACGUCUUAUCGAUGGCGAAGCACUUUUCAAUGUCUGCUGCUGACGCGCGACGUCGUCAGUGUGCCCACUUCCUCCGUUCCCUGCGGGCGCUCUUAUCAACAACGCGUUUCAGUUGGUCAAACGAAAAGAUCCUAGGUCUCAUCGUGCUUUCAUCGGAUACUUCGAGUCCAUGUCAGACUUUGACGAGUGCAAACGAUUAUCCGAGUUCGCUCAUCUCGAUUCAUAAUGCUAGCUUCCAUUUCACACUAACAUCGCAAAUAGCACUUCACGACGUGGAUCAGAAGGGCAUCUGUGGGGUUGCGAUCCCGAGGUUCCUCUACUUAUGUGCAUCAAAGCAUUCAUUUUAAAAAUACUGUUCAAAGCCAUACGUUUGCAGCCCGUGCUCAACUACGCGUUUAGGAAGAUGACUUCUCACUCUGUAGAUUGGCCGUCACACACGAUUUCGAGGGAUCGCUGAUGCCUUGUUUGGGAAAGAGCCAACCACACACAUCAUAAAUAUCCACAAGAAACACACCCUCUACCUGGAGCAAGCCAAGCGAGUCCGUCUACCUGCUUCUCGAGUUCCCAGCGCACUGGUACAAAUUAUAUUCCGGCUGACUCUUCACGCAAUACGUCCAACAAAUUGAAGAGUAGAUAUUUUUUCGAUGUAGUGACAGUAGAAAUAAGUCCUACAUAUGUUGUUGUACUUCGUAUUGGUUUGAUAAUCAUGUAGAGUAUGAGACAAUAAGUGAAAGUUUUCUGAGGUACAUCUGCAAUUGUCGGAAGGCAAACAAAAGAAAAAAAAAAAUAUUGGUGUGGAAAAGAGGGUUUCGUCCUCGACAGACGUUGGGGAAUUUCAACCUUUAUGAAGGUGUUCUCCACGUUACCCCCCCCUUUUUCGAGGCUUCUUCUUGUUUGCUAGGCAAGAGAAGUCUUCUUGGGGUAACCGGAACCCGACCGGCUGGCGGCGAGUACAACCACCUUUUUUCCAACAAUCUUCUGUGCGUGUUGCGGGUGCGCCACUUCCGCCACGCAUUGCCAGAAGUUUCGAGUUCGAUAGACAGUGCAUCGUUUCUUGGCCCACCCACCGUUUUCCUUUUUCCGUACUCCGGAAGAAAAUUGGGUGAGCAGCGGGUUUGAACCCGUGUCUUUUGCAACCAAAAGCAGACACCUAACAUCUCUUGUCGACGCCAUUGUGGAAAAGAGGGUUU